UCAGGUAAGGAGGUCGUUCCGGAAGUGGCUUAGGCUUUGGCGCCAGAGUUUGUAAAGAGCCUGCAGCUCAAUUGUUUGUUAUUAAGGGGCUGCGGCAUUACCCCACUCCUUCCACCUUCCCUGCAGCAACCAUGGCGAAAGGCAGUGUUGCGGAACGAUCGCAGACUGGGACACUCCAUACGACCCCAACUGAGGACCGGGCAGCGGGGACGAAGGCUCCCGUGGCACAGGGUAGCGGAGACCACUUGAAAGAGAAAGCCCGGGCAGAAGCUGGGUCAGCAAGAACGUCACUCCUUAUAUUGGUGUCCAUUUUCUUAUCUGCAGCUUUUGUUAUGUUUCUGGUAUAUAAAAAUUUUCCCCAGCUUAGUGAAGAAGAAAGAGUAACCAUGAAGGUUCCCAGAGAUAUGGAUGACGCCAAGGCUCUAGGAAAAGUUUUGUCCAAAUAUAAGGACACCUUUUAUGUACAAGUACUUGUAGCUUAUUUUGCUACGUAUAUAUUUUUGCAGACGUUUGCUAUUCCAGGCUCUAUAUUUCUCAGCAUCCUCUCAGGGUUUCUUUAUCCCUUUCCACUAGCCUUAUUUCUUGUUUGUUUGUGUUCUGGACUUGGUGCCUCAUUCUGCUACAUGCUCUCCUAUUUAGUUGGGAGACCAGUUGUGUAUAAAUAUCUAACAGAGAAAGCAAUGAAAUGGUCCCAGCAGGUUGAACGUCAUAGAGAGCAUCUUAUUAACUAUAUUAUAUUUUUGAGGAUAACGCCAUUUUUGCCUAAUUGGUUUAUUAAUAUUACUUCUCCUGUGAUAAAUGUGCCACUGAAAGUUUUUUUUAUUGGCACUUUUCUAGGGGUCGCACCUCCCUCUUUUAUAGCUAUCAAAGCAGGAACAACACUAUACCAGCUCACAACAGCGGGGGAGGCUGUUUCCUGGAACUCAGUGUUUGUUCUGAUGAUUUUGGCUGUUCUUUCCAUCCUGCCAGCCAUUUUCCACAAAAAACUAAAGCAGAAAUUUGAGUAAAAAAAGUCGUCUGGGUAUUCGUUUUUC